AACACGUUGAGAGACAUCAAUUUACAAAUUCACCAUGCACUCACUGUUGCUCGUUUUGGCCAUGGGCGCUGUUGCCACAGCAUUCCCCAGCCACAAAAUCAUCUCGAUCGGACACACCCAGGCCUCUAGCUAUAAGCUCAAGACCGACCAUCCGGUGCAGGAGCCCGAGCCCAUCAUUAAGACUAUUGCUCAGCCAUACGCUGUGCCCGUUCCCCAGCCCUACGCUGUCCCACGCGCUGUGCCCGUUGUGGUGGAGCGACCCUACCCGGUGACCGUCACCCGUACCGUCGGUGUCCCGGUUAUAGCCCGCGGUGAGCCUAUUGUGCGCACCCGUGUUGUCCAGACCGACAGCCGAGACAAUGGUCUCAGUUUGGGUGGUUUGGGAGGUCUCGGAGGUUAUGGAGGUUAUGGAGGUUUGGGAGGCGGUUAUGGUUUGGGCGGUGGCUAUGGAAACAAUGGAGGCUAUGGUAAGGGCGCUAUCCUUUUGGAUGACGGCCACAACUCUGGUCUCUCUUAUGGUCUGUCCGACGGUUUGGGCGAUCUCUCCGGACACGGAUAUUAG